CCGCCUCGAAAUUUGUGACUCUGCCUCCCCUCCCCUCCCCAUCGCUGUCCUGCUUUCUGCCCACCGUCAGCAGCACCUUCUUCCACCGCGCCGCCCAGCGAGCGAGCGAGCAGCGCCUGGCGUGUCUUUUCGAACUUCCUGGUAUUGUUCUUCGCUGAGCCCACAAGGAAAUUCGAGAACGGUUGCCCAGCAUGUCCGACAAACUCACUCGUAUCGCCAUUGUCAACUCGGACAAGUGCAAGCCCAAGAAAUGCCGCCAGGAGUGUAAGAAGUCAUGUCCUGUGGUGCGCACUGGCAAGCUGUGCAUCGAAGUCGACCCCACCAGCAAAAUCGCCUUCAUUUCCGAACGACUAUGCAUAGGAUGUGGUAUCUGUCCCAAGAAGUGCCCAUUCGACGCCAUCAACAUCAUCAACUUGCCCACCAACCUCGAGACUCAGGUCACUCACCGUUACAGCGCAAACUCCUUCAAACUGCACAGACUGCCUAUGCCACGACCGAAUCAAGUGCUGGGUCUAGUAGGAACGAACGGCAUCGGAAAGAGUACAGCAUUGAAGAUCUUGGCUGGAAAGCUGAAGCCAAACCUUGGAAGAUAUGAUAACCCACCGGACUGGGAAGAGAUCUUGAAAUACUUCAGAGGUUCUGAGUUGCAGAACUACUUCACCAAGAUUCUCGAGGACAACCUCAAGGCCGUCACGAAGCCACAAUACGUGGACCAGAUCCCCAAGGCCGUCAAGGGCAAGAAUCGUGCUGUCGGCGCCCUGAUCACUGAUCGUGCUCAGGUGGAACAAGAGAGACUCGACGAAAUCUGCGAUGCCCUCGAGCUCAGGCCGGUCUGGGACCGUGACAUUGAUCUCCUCUCCGGUGGUGAGUUGCAGCGUUUUGCAAUUGCCAUGGUUUGCGUGCAGAAGGCCGAUGUUUAUAUGUUCGACGAGCCAUCGUCUUUCUUGGAUGUCAAGCAGCGUCUUGCAGCUGGUCGUAUUAUUCGCACUCUACUCCGUCCCGACAACUAUGUCAUUGUGGUCGAGCACGACUUGUCUAUCCUGGACUACCUCUCCGACUACAUUUGCUGUCUCUAUGGAAAGCCAGCUGUCUACGGCGUGGUGACUGCACCUUUCUCCGUCCGUGAAGGUAUCAACAUCUUCUUGGACGGUAACAUUCCCACAGAGAAUCUGCGUUUCCGCGAAGAGUCGCUCACGUUCAAGGUUGGAGAGGCUGCAGAUGAGUUUUUGAUCAACAAGUCGCGCGACUAUGGCUACCCAAAGAUGACCAAGACCCAGGGAUCUUUCCACCUUACUGUCGAGGCUGGUGCAUUCACCGACUCUGAAAUUGUGGUCAUGAUGGGUGAGAACGGAACUGGAAAGACGACCUUCUGUAAAAUGCUGGCUGGAGCUUUGCAACCGGAUGAGGGCAAGAAGAUCCCUCCUAUGAACAUUUCCAUGAAGCCGCAGAAGAUCACGCCCAAGUUCACCGGAACAGUCCGUCAGCUUUUCUUCAAGAAGAUCAAGGCCGCCUUCUUGAGCCCGCAAUUCCAGACCGAUGUCUACAAGCCGCUGAAGAUGGAUGACUUCAUCGACCAAGAAGUUCAGAACUUGUCUGGUGGUGAAUUGCAACGUGUCGCCAUCGUCCUUGCGCUCGGAUUGCCUGCCGACAUCUACCUCAUCGAUGAGCCGUCUGCCUACCUGGACUCCGAACAGCGUAUCAUCGCUGCCCGCGUGAUCAAGCGAUUCAUCAUGCACGCCAAGAAGACCGCAUUCGUCGUCGAGCACGAUUUCAUCAUGGCCACCUAUCUCGCCGAUCGUGUCAUUGUCUUCGACGGCCAGCCAUCCGUCAAGGCUCGUGCGAACACCCCAGAGAGUUUGUUGACCGGAUGCAACAGCUUCUUGAAGAAUUUGGACGUCACUUUCCGACGUGAUCCCAAUACUUUCCGACCAAGAAUUAACAAGUACAACUCCCAGCUCGACGCCGACCAGAAGAGCAACGGGAACUACUUCUUCUUGGAGGAUGAUUCCUGAAAGAUGCCGCGGAGGUUGUGAUGAAAAUGAGAAAUGCUAUUAGCGCAGCAAAGAAAGGCUCCAAGUUUGGCACCAAGCGCAAGCGAUCCAUCAAAAGCGGCGCCGAUGAAGCACUCGAGCAGGACGCCGCCGGCGAGGACGAAGAUGAUGUCGAGAUCGGUCUGCAGUGCAGAGUUCCUUCACCAUCACGUCCUGCCAGGAAAGUUCAACUGUUGCUGGGCUAAAUGACCAUGUCAUGAUGUGAAUGAGUGAUGAGUAUUAACUGCUGUGUUUCGACAUGCUUGUAUGUUGUGCAGGCAUAUAAAGAUCACACACGAGGACCCUUGUGGUCGAAAGCGAUCGCAUACGUAUGCGAAAUGAGGUGCCAGCGAAGCUGCUUACCGCCAGCUGUCGCGGCGUACGAGAGGAACGAACAGGAAUAAUGAUCAGUGGAGUUACGUACCAAGAGAUGAACACGCUCAUUUGCUCUCGGUAGGUAGCUGCUUGUACUGAAUUAGCGCCUGCACGCAAUUUACGUACCAAAAUUAUACAACGACACUCGUUUGCAUG